UUUAAGGUCAAAGGGCACUGGAGUGUACAAAUAUUAAUCUUAAGAUAUCAGAUGAGCUAAUUUUGAUAAAAAGUGAACAUGGCAGAAACUCUAUUCACGAUGAUGGCUUUCUGUUUAGCAGUUGGAAUCAUUAAUGGUGGGACUGUAUUUAUGGUGCCGUAUGCCUUAGCCAAGAAUUCCAGAUUUGCAGCAAUGGAAAAAAUCGCACUAAUUUUGACACAAGCAGGGCAUAAUGUGACAUAUUAUGUUCCCAAUGAGUAUGACAUCCCUAAUGAAUUCUUUGAGACUAGUAUCAACAUCGAACAGUAUGAAUAUCCCAGUGAUAAAGUAGCUUAUCAAGUGCCUGAAGAUUCUGUACAGGAAUUAAUGACUAGUUCAAUUGAAGGAGAGCUUGAGAUGAUUUUUGCGAAAGAUAACAUAUUUUUUCAUUACCACCAUCAUUUGAUGCAUCCAUAUUUCAACGAUCUUCACCAGUGGAAAAAAUUCAAAGAUGCAUCUUUUGAUUUGGUCAUUUUAGACAGUUGGGAUUGUAUACUUGGCGGAAUAGCGAAACAGUAUUUGGACAGGCCCACAAUUUUAUGGUCGAAUGCUGGCUACGAAAUGCACUUUGAAAACUGGUUGAUGCCACUACCAUUAGCACAUAUACCAAUAGUCGUUGUUCCCUAUUCAGAUCACAUGUCAUUUACCGAGAGAGCCAUGAAUGUUUAUUACUAUCUAAUGAUGAUUUGGUGCAAGCGUAACUGGUAUGACUUAAGGGACGAAACCUGGGGUAAACUUGCCGGAAAGCUUGGUCUACCACCAACCACUAACCAUAAGCUCUCCGACGGAGACCUUAUCUUCAUACAAUCAAAUUUCGCCUACUUUUAUCCCAGACCAAUCAUGCCAAACGUCAUCCCCGUUCUUGGAUUGAAAGACAAACCACAUAAACCAAUUGAUGAUAAAUUCAUAGAGUUUAUAGAUGGCGCUGGUGAAAAUGGUUUUAUCAUCAUGACCUUUGGUUCAAUGCCGAGAGGAAUGGACGAACAUCAGCGGGAAAUCUUUGCGACUGCUUUUGCGAAAUUGAAACAGCGAGUGUUUUGGCGGUACAGUGGACCAAUCCCUAAAAGUCUAGGUGAGAAUACAAUGCUGUUGCCAUGGUUACCACAAAAUGACCUUUUGGGACAUCCAAAACUGAAACUUUUCAUAACACAUUGCGGAGCUUCAGGAUCAGCAGAAGCGGUGUUUAAUGGUGUCCCCAUAAUUGGAAUACCAUUAUUUUACGAUCAGCGACAUCACUGCACUAUUCUCACACAGCGUUUAAAGAUGGGCUUGGUCGUAAAUUUCUCUGAUAUCACAGAGAAACUCUUGACCAGUGUUGUAAAUGAAGUCUUGGGAAAUCCGCAAUACAAACAGAAUGCCCUGAAGGCUCAAGAACUUGCACGGGAUCAGCCUGUAAAUGCCUCCUACACCAUACAAUACUGGGCGGAAUAUGUCAUGAAGCACAAAGGGGCUAAACAUUUACAAUCAAGGCCUAUGAAGGAGUUGAACUUUUUCCAGUACUAUUUGUUGGAUAUUGUAUUUGUGCUUGUCAUAUGUCUAAUGUUUGCUGUUACGUGUUUCAUAUUUCUUAUUAGGCGAGUAUAUCGCUUUGUGUUUUGUAAGCAUCAAAAACUUAAAAAACAAUAGGUAUACUGUAUACCAUGUAAGACAAUGGUAUGCCUUUCACUAAUAAGAAGGGCAUACUCUGUGAGAUAGUAAGUUACCAUAGCAGAGAUCUCCCCAGGAUUUUUUCUCAGGUGGAUGCAAAAUUCUCAUUUUUACAAUUCAGACCAAAAUUGGUCAAAACAUGCCAAUUUUUCAUGAUUUUUCUCAUUUUCAAGUGGGUGCAAAUGGAUUUUCAGGUGGGUGCAAGCCUAUUACCAAAAUCUCAUGUGGGUGCUGCACCCACUUGCUGUAAUGCUGGGGAGAUCACUGCAUAGAAUUAGAAUGCAUAAUAUUAAGUUUUUAUCAUUUAUUUACCAUUGAGACGUUUCAUGUAUUUUAGAGAUUAUUGAAAAAAAGUUCCACAUAUCACACUUUGAUAACAUUGGGUAAGGCUACAAUAUAAGCCAAAGUGGUUUAAACUUUAUAUGUGGCCUUUAACAGUAACUUUUUGAAAUUUAUUUUGUGUAUGAAUACAUGUACGUUGCACAAUUUAUUUGUCCUUUUCCCUACUCAUACUACGAUAUCUUUGUUUCCAAGACCCUAUAGGCAGAGGCAGCAGCCCCCC